AUGGUUACACUUGACAGCUAUCAUGUCAUGAUAGUUUCGAAGUAUUUAAUUGCAAUUACAGACUUUAUUAAAUUGGAAUUUGUGUGCAAAAAGUUUUGUGGCAAUAUGGAAAAGUUCCAUUUCAACCCAAUUCCGUUAAAUUGCAAAACGAUAAGAUACUUUUCAAAUAUUGAAACACUUCACUUGUGGGAUAAAGAUGAUGAGAAUUUUGGAAAUGGAUUUAUUGUCAACACCAACCCUUACGAAGACGAUAAGGAUAUAAUUUGCAUUAAUUACAAUUCAGAAAAUGAUAUAUAUGUAGAUCUUAACAUAAAAAGAACAAUAGUUUUAACAAAAAGUUUCUUUAAUAUUAUUGUGUGGUUCAAUGUUGAUUAUAAAACUAUUUUCAUUAACAAAAAUAAAAACAUUAAGUUUAAAAAUGUGACUUUUAAUCAUAAAAACAGACACAAAUUUGGUGAUAAUAUACCAUCAGAUGUAACAUCAAUUGGUAAUAAGUGUUUCUUUAAUUGUCGACGUCUUAGCGGUGUUACGAUACCAACGAGUGUGAUAUCAAUUGGUGAAGAUUGUUUCUAUUUAUGUAGUUGUCUUCAGAGUAUUACAAUACCAUCAAAUGUGACAUCAAUUGGUUAUAAAAUUUUUCAGCAUUGUAGUAGUCUCAGCAGUGUUACAAUAAAACAAUUUCUUAAUAUCAUUGGCAUAAGAUGCUUGUUUGGCUAUGGAACAUUAUGUAGUGUGGAAAUACCGCCAAGUGUUAGUAUAAUCAAUGAUAAAAAUCGUAACACGUACAACAAUUUAACAGCAUUUGUGAUACCAUCGAGUGUGACAUCAAUUUGUAACAAUUGUUUCUAUCAAUGUCAAAGUCUUUGUUGUGUCACAGUACCAUCAAGUGUAUCUAUAUUAAGUGAUAAAUGUUUCGAAGGAUGCAAUAGUUUAAGUGAUGUUUCUAUACCAUCUAGUAUAAAUAAAAUUGGUGAAGGUUGCUUUUGUGGAUGUACCAAUUUGAGUAUCAUUUCAAUACCAUCAAGUGUCGUAUCGAUUGGUAAUGGUUGUUUUUGUUAUUGUAGUAGUUUAAGUAGUGUUAACAUACCAUCAAGUGUGAUUUCAAUUAGUGAAACGUGUUUUUAUGAAUGUAAGAGUCUCUUAAGUGUCACAGUACCAUCUAGUGUGAGAUCAAUAAAUUGUAGAAGUUUUUAUGGAUGCAGAAAUUUAAGGAAUGUAAUCAUACCAUCAAAUGUAACAUCAAUUGGUAAAGAUUGUUUUAGUGAAUGCAGCCGUUUAAGUAGUGUUACAAUACCAUCAAAUGUCAUAUCAAUCGGUGAAAAUUGUUUUUCGUCAAACACAAUCGUUUAUCGUAAGUAA